UCUUGUAGUUUCCGCUUCACUGUGCCUGUGUUGGUCUUUCUCCGCCUUCUGUCCAAUCUAGAUUUUACCACUUCUUCAGCAGUGAUUCCUGUAGGUAGUUUUUUUUUACAGUGUUUACUCUUUUUAGGUAGAUAUGGAUGGUUUCGAUUUACUUAAUGCCCCUCAGACCACCGCUGGGAACGGGGUUGGAGUGGAGGAGGACCCGGCGGCUGCUUUCUUGGCCCAGCAAGAGAGCGAGAUAGCGGGGAUAGAGAAUGACGAGGGGUUCAGCAUCCUGGACAGCGGAGAGGUCCCCUCAUCAAUGAGCAAUAACCUGACAGGUGACCUCGGCCAAGACGCAAACGAUGCUGUGGACGGAGCAAUAAAUGGGGAAUUCUAUCAGGAGAGCAACGGUCCCUCAGACGCAUAUGCAGCCAUAUCUCAGGUAGACCGUCUGCAGUCGGAGCCUGAGAGUCUUCGCAAAUGGAGAGAGGAGCAACUGGAGCGCCUGGAGGUUCUUGAUGCAAAUUCCCGUAAGCAGGAGACAGAGUGGAAAGAGAAGGCAAAGGUGGAGCUGGAAGAGUGGUAUACGAGACAGGAUGAGCAGCUGGAGAAAACAAAAGUCAACAACAGGGUGCUGGAUGAAGCUUUCUACAAACAACCCUUCGCUGACCUGAUUGGUUAUGUCACACACAUUAACCAUCCUUGCUACCGCCUAGACCAAGCGACCGAAGAGGCCCUUGUAUCGGAUAUGGAUGAAAACAACCCAGGCACCGACUGGGAGCGUGUGGCUCGACUCUGUGACUUCAACCCCAAGUCCAGCAAGCAGUCCAAAGAUGUCUCUCGCAUGCGGUCUGUUCUCAUCUCCCUAAAGCAAUCACCACUGGUGCACUGAUGUCGCUAAGCACAACCAACACUAGCACCACCACUACAACUGUUAGUAUAGCAAUAGUUUAAGUUCUGAACUCAGAGAAACUGGCUACAGUAAAUUAAUGAAUCCCCUUUCAAUUAUGUAUAAAAAAUCAUUUUAUCUUAUAUUUUAUCAUUCUUUUUUGAGGACCAAACUUAAUUGUGUGCUCUGUCAUUAGAGUUGAUUUGUGUUUUGUGAUUUUAGAAUCUAUGCAUUUCCCUUUGAAUUUUCCCAUGAAUAAAGUAAAUGUAUUGAAAUGAGUGUGUUCUUGUGUGCUUGUGCACAUAUAAUCAGGACUUGUGAUGUAACUCCAUUGUUGCUUUGUCUUGUUUUUGAUUUAACUAUGAACUAGUAUUAAAAGUGUGUGGAACCCUG